AUGAGCUCUCCGGCGAACGCCAACGACUUGUUGGUGCGCUUCUUUGAGUCGGAAUUUUUCGACGAAUGGAUCGCGAUUUCCUAUUUAUGGAGAGCGAAGAACGAAAAUAUAGUCGAGUAUUUGUGCAACAAGAUGUUGAUGUUUGACGACGACAGAGCGGAGAGGUAUUUGUCCCAGAUUUUGACCUUAUUGACGCAGCGUAAAAUGCCAAAGUUGGAAAACGUGGUCUGCGCGUAUUGUUCGCGGUCGGCGCGGCUGGCAAGUAAGACGAUAUGGUUGUUACGAGCGGCGAUUGGGGACGUAAAGCAUCCGAAACCGUUGAUAAAGUUGAAAGUUAGAUGUUAUAAAGCCGCGAUUGAAAGUGGAACUUGGCGUUCACCAUUCGAGAAGUGGCCCGGGUUGCCGGACGAGAAAACCAAAGAGAUGGAGGACGAGGAGGAGAUUUUUGAUUUUGAUACGAGUCGAGAAGGGAGCCGGCACUUGAAAAGAAGCACUCUAUCCUCACCGUCGUCUUCGAGAAAUAAUAUGAUCACGUCGGGUUCGGAAGACGAUGAGGAUGAGGAAUACGACGACGACGACGACGACGACGAUUCGGCGUAUGCGCUCGGUAAUAAUACUGACGGUGUGGCAUUGAGAGGAAGAGGAGCUGUGGGGAAUACAACGUCAGAGUCAUCUUUGCACACGCAAAAUAUAGCCUCAACACCACCAAAUUUAGAAGGAAUGCAGCAGCAGCAGCAGCAGCAGCACCACCACCAUAACAACAACAACAAUAACAACAAUAGCAAGAAAAAAAGUGGUGAUGUUCUUCUGAGCGUCCCUAAUACGCCGAGUAAAUCGGGUUGGUUGUUUGGACACAAGAAUGCCGAAGAGAAAUUGUUGAAAACGCCUCCGAGUUCACCUCCGCAAAAACAAAAAUCGUUAGAAAAAGGGCACGGAAGUAACAGCUCGAGCACAGGAUUUCUCAGUCAGCUCUUUGGUAAACUCACCAGCUCUUCGAAGCUACACGACAAAAGCUAUUCGUCGUCUCCUUCGAAGGCUAACAAUCUCGCUUCUGGAGGCGACUCAAGGACGGAUUCGCCGCAGCUUCAAAGUGCCGCUUUGCAAAAAGUCCGCGAACGCGAAAAAAAGCGUCGACAAUCGACGUUCGAUCAAACGUCCGAUCUCGCGGAGAAUCUCUGCGGUCUUUCCAGUCAGUUGGCAAAGACGUUUCCGGUGGAUUCGAGACAAAACGCGUUACGAAAUGGCAUCGAAGAGGUGAACAAAAAGUUGGUCAACGUACCGUCUGGAACUGGUGUUAUGUACCCACUAGGUGCUAUUGGAGAGUAUAGAAUCGUUCGAAUUCCCGCGCAAGAAGCCAUGUUACUCAACUCGCGCGAGAAAGCUCCGUAUUUGAUUUGUUUCGAAGUCAUUCGACCAAACGCGGAGUACAACAAUACCGGGGGAGAAAAUAGUUACAGCGAAGGAAUGAGAGCAGACGACCGAGCCGAUAGUAUGAGUAGUAAUAAUUCGUUUUCAUCUCGUUCAAACGCGAGAAAGAAUCCAUUCGUGCACGCGAGCAACGCUGAUGAUAACGGUGCCUCGGAGAUGAGCGCACAAGGUCACGAACGCGAGAAUUCCGCCUUGCUUUCGCUCGGCGAGUCUGGUGCUUUGGAUAUUCCAAUGGGUGGUGGACGUCGCCACGGUCGCGCGGGAUCGUACGAUGCCUCGACGCUUCCGGUACCGGACGAGGAAUUCCUCGCGAGAUCUCUACGAGAGCAGGAAUCGUUAGAGUUGGCGGCUUCAAAAAUUGCCGAGCAAAGGCUUUCGUUCGAUAAGCCGAGACCAGUGUUACGGAUGCAUAAAGAUCAAGCAAUGUCGGUUCCACCGAGCGCAGAGACUACGCCGCAAAAGCAACCCCCGCAAGGUCAGCAGCAAGAGAACUCGUGGAACCCAAAAUCUCUCGCCGGAGGUUUUUCGUCGUUCAUUUCAAAUUCGUUAUCGCCGAUGCUUUUACCUGAUAUAAAAGAGGUCGGUUCCGCGGUGGCUUCGCCGAACGAAGUCGGUUCGCCUGUGAAAGACGGGUGCGUGCCCAUGGGCUUUAACAGUAUUCAUAGCAUAGACAAGAUGACGAGUCACCACGAUUCGGUUUCCAAGGCUAUCGAUAGCGCGUUAGCGAAAGUUUGGGACGAAACUACCGCUGUUGUUCGAGUACAUCUCGAUAUCGACGAAAACUCGGGCACCGUCCAUGUCGCCCUGGAGAUUCCACAUUUGAAAAAAGAGGAGGAUUUAUUGAAGCUGCAGCAACAACAACACAAGAAGUCUUCGUUUUUUAGCACGUCUUGGUCCAAAAAAGAACCGAAAGUCGCGGACAUCGUCGAUCCGGCGAAAGUUUCGGCGAAACCGAAUUCGAGACAUGCAAGAACGCCUUCGGAUGUUGGUUUAGUACAAAUGGCCCGACGCAUGCGUCGCGGAUCUGACGAUGCGAACUGGGCGCCAGAAGCCGAGGCGAGAGAUGUUACGAGAAACCCUCGGGGAGGGUCAAUCAUGGAGCAGCUUGGUCCGUUCUUAGGGACCAUAGGAAGCGAUGAUGACAACGAAAUCGACGAAUUCGAAGAAAACUUUCAGCCGAAUCAGUCUAAGUUGGGAUCAGUGCCAACAUCGCCAACUUCUUUGCAGUUUCACAAACGUUCCGCCGGUGGUCUCGGCGAGCGAUGGAUCGAUAAAGUCGAGCGCAUUCGACGCGCGUCGCCGUACGGGAACCAACCUGGGUGGUGUUUGAAACCAAUCAUUGUCAAAGCGGGUGAUAAUUGUCGCCAAGAGCUUCUUGCGAUUCAGCUCGUGAGAACCUUUGCGGGUAUCUACGCUGACGCUGGCUUACCGUUGUGGAUCAAAGAUUACGAAGUUUUAACCACCUCGACGACCACGGCGUUUAUCGAAGCCGUCACAGACGCGCCGAGUUUACACGCCGUGAAAUCGAGAGCGCCUCGAGGCUCUACUUUAAAACAACACUUCGAAUCCAUCUACAACGGUUACGGGUCUCCAGAAUUCAGAGUCGCGCAAAGAAAUUUCGUGGAGAGUUUAGCUGGCUAUUCCAUCUUGACGUAUUUGCUCCAAAUCAAAGAUCGUCACAACGGGAACAUUCUCUUGCGAGAAGACGGCCGAUUGAUUCACAUCGAUUUCAACUUUAUGCUCUCCACCUCCCCAGGCGGCAUUAACUUUGAAUCCUCUCCGUUUAAACUCACCAAAGAAUAUCUGGAACUCAUGGACUCUGACGCCGACGGCGUCGCCUCAGAAGCUUUCAACUACUACAAAGUCUUGUGCAUCCAAGGCUACUUGGCCUGUCGCAAACACGCGGAACGCAUCUUACUCCUCGUAGAAAUGAUGGCGCACUCGGGAUGUCCGUGCUUCAAAGCCGGCCCAAAAGUUGUCCAAAACUUACGCAAACGAUUCAACCUCGGCAGAACGGAAGAGCAAGUCGCGGAAAUCAUGUUAGCUAUGAUUUCCGAUUCUAUGGACGCGUGGAGUACUCGCCAAUACGAUUUUUUCCAACGCGUUUCCAACGGCAUCUUAUAA